CAAUGGAAGGAUGUCUUGUAACCAUGGAUACUCCUUCCGCUAUCCCGAGACCUGCCACUUCAGCUGUAACCAUGGUUACCACCUGUAUGCCGGCAGCACCAGUCGGACCUGCCGGGCGGAUCGCACGUGGUCGGGCAGCGCUGCCAGAUGUUGCCCAGGCGGGUACAAGUACUACCAGCCGAGCCAGUUGUGCUACAAGGCCUUCAACCAGCAGAGUGACUACACAAGUGCAGCCGCGACCUGUUCUUCUGGCGGCGGAACUCUCGCCAUACCCCGGGAUGCGGGCAUCAACACGUUCCUUAUCAACCUGAAGAACGCUGUGGAUAGCAAAGCCUGGUUCUGGUUCGGACUGACUGACCGCGACCAAGAAGGCAGCUGGGUUUGGGCAGAUGGUGUUGCUCUUGGACAUUUCAACCAGUGGGGUCCAGGAAGACCCGACAACGCGACCAAAAAUGAAGACUGUGCCCUUUAUUGGCCACAAAAAGACAACAAGUGGAGCGAUUUUCCGUGUUCUGAAACCUCUCUGAAGUUCAUUUGUCAAGUCGGUACCUGAAUCGUUAUGUGUUGAUAUGAAAAUUGUUGCUUCAUAUCCAUGUCACGUACCUAAAUUUGGUCCAAUUCGACACACAUAAAUAUAUGUCAGGAAGGAGACUACGAUGUAGAAAUCGUGAUCGUAGUCUCUGU